AUGACUUCACUUUCGGCUAUCGAAAAGGAGCUGGUGCUCGACGGGGUAGUGACUUACAUCCUUGGACGCGACAAGUCGGGGAGGGCAAUUAUAGACGCAAGAUGGGUAUCGAGCCGGACUACCAGUACUAACCAAACUGGCACAGGUCGUGCUAUUCGCAGGGGCGCAGACCAUGAAAAUGAUGACGCCGUGAAGGAAAGCGCGCCUAGUUUCGAGGGAGACUGGCGCAUUCAGUAUUUUGGACCAGACGGACAGCUUGCUGUUACUCCGUUUUUGUUGAAUCUGAAGAAGAAUAAUCAGAUCUAUCACGGCACUUGGAGUCUUCCUAAUGGCGAUCCAGUCCUGCAUGGCUUUGGGUUUGAGCACGGUGGGAGUUUGGUCAUGCGAUAUGGUAGUCCGAGGCAGUAG